UUGAGCUGUUCAUCACGUGUUAGCAUAUUUGCAGAGGUGUCUUGACAAUUGAAUUGUGCCAUUUCAGUUCGGCGGUGUGAGAAUUUAUUUUGUGCAGUGUGAGAUACAGUGAAAUCUGAUGAAUUUAGUACGUGUCGACUAUACUUUAGUUGGAUUAACGGACUCUCAUUGUAUGAAACUGUUGCCGACCGCGACACCAAAAAGUGCUCAGAAAGUUGUAAUCGGAGAUCAGAAUGGCACUGUUCAAGAAUUUUACUUCAAGAAAGGCGAGAUCCAGCAAGUAUUUAAAACCCUACCAGGACCUCCUAUCUCCCGAAUUGCUCUCGGCGGCGCUCUCGGUUCGAUUCAAGACAAAAUUUUUGUUGCGGCCAAGAAUGAAGUAAGAGGAUACUCAAAAAAAGGAAAGCUUUUUCUGAACUUCGACACGAACCGAACUGAGGAUAUCAAACACAUGUUCAUCUCUGGGAGUGACCUGCUCGUUGCGGGCGAUCAUGUGCUAAAUCACUAUAAUGAUUGCAAAGAGGUCGCUGAAUUCAUGUGUUCUGAUGGCAUAAUGGACAUAAUUGGCUUAUACGGUGGAAAGGGCAGUCCUCUUUCAGUCCUGAUUGGGAGCAAAGCUUCAGAGCUGUUGGUUCUAGAUAAGUCGGCGCUUUCAUGUAAAUAUUCUCUACCAAGUCCGCCAACAGUGUUUCAUCUUUUCAACAAUGACGGUGGCCCGACCAAAAAUCUGAUCACCGUCGGAUUUCAGGAUGGCCAAAUUGCUCUUUAUCAAGUUCCGCUCGGCGGUCCUCUGGUAACCAAGUGGAUCCUCCAAAAUGAGAAAGAACGAGGGGAAGUAUCAUGCAUUCAUUUUUACAAUAUCACAAACGAGGAAACUCCAGACUUAAUCGUCGGCCGUCAGGAUGGCUCCAUUGAGGUUUAUAGCAUUCCAGAGCAAGACGAUUUGAUCAACCUGGCUCCCUUUCCGGUGGAGAAAUUUUCUUAUGUUUGCAACGAAAGCAUCCUGUCCGUCCAAGGUGGAGUCGUUGGGAAUGCAGGAUUUGAUGAGAUUUUAGUUACCACUCAUACAGGUUGGCUUUUUGGUCUAACAACGGAAGUUGUCGAUAAACAGACUGUUGGUCCAAAUGAGACCUCCUCUUCCCACAUCGGCGUUUCACAGAAGGAAAAAUUGAAAGUGGCUCGUCUAAGGGCAGAAAUCGAUGAAAUUGAAGGGAAAGUGGCAAAAGAACGAGAAAAAUAUCAAAAUUUAACUCAAGCCGAUUCAGAUGGACUGUCAACCAUUCCUCCUUUGUCCAUAAGGGACAAGCUCACUUUCUGCAAAGAGGAUACGUCCUACCAGCUUACUCUUGAAGUGGAAACAACCAUAGACAACGUUUUGGUUCAAGCUGAUUUACCCAUUGAAUUGAUGGACAUCGACAAGAACUCAGCAGUUGUCAGCCAUAGCGCUUGCGAUGCAGAGAGUGGCAAUUAUGUUUUAGCUACGUAUCGGUGUCAGAUUAACACGACGCGUCUUGAGCUACGAUUUAAAACAACGGAGGGGCAGAGUGGUAUGAUGAGAGUCUACAUCACACCUCUUGUACAUCCGAAGUGCUGUUCUGUCAGGCAGUAUCACAUCAAGCCUCUCUCUCAUCAUGCAAGAAUCCAUAACCACGAGACCCUCAGAGAGUAUCACGCAUUAUCCCUAAAAGGGACGUUCAGUCUUCUGGAAAUUCAUUCUUGGAUUAGUCAAUGCUUGCCUGAAGUGCCUGAAAAGUUGCCGGUUGAAGAUAAGAUUAGCUAUGUUUUCCAGUCAGUUUCUGUGGGCACGGUGUUGUUCUGUGAAUUUAGGCGAGGAGAGGCUGAGUUCAAAUCUAAUAAUGUUUCUACGAUAGCCAUUAUCAAAGAUGUUAUAACGAAAGAAGCCACGGCGAAGAGGAUAAAGCUUGAGAUUUCAUGCUCCGUCAUGGAGAACUGUAUGAGGGAAACUUUGAGACUGAUUUUUCCGCUGCUAGAGGAGACAGCCUCCUUAACCAAGCAAAAGGAGUUGCUGGCGGCACUCAAAGACAUGGAGGCUGGAGGUCCUGAAUUUACACCCGAGUGUUUGACAAAAAAGUAUAGAGCCAUCGUUAAUAAUCAAAAAGAAAUCACCGAGAAAAUCAACAAGAAUCCUGAUCUUCUACCAAAAUUGACCGGAAUUCUACAAAAUCUUCACAGAGAUUGGGUAAAACUAAGAGGAAUGAGCAGUUCUGCAGCCUUGAAUUUGAACGAUAUGUUGGCGUCAAAUAUGAACAUAGAAUUUUUGUUCAAUCUCUUUUGCGUUUAA